AAAUUUUUAAAAAUAAAAAGGGCUGUGGUUGUAGCUCAAAGUAGAGCUCCCCUGGGUUCAAUCCCCAAUACCUCAGAUGAAUAAGUAAAUAAAAAGCAAUUUCAGGUUCACAGCAAAAUUUAAAGUACAGAUGUUUCUCAUAUACUCCCUGCUCUUAUAUAUACAGUCUUCCUCACUAUUAACAUCCUCAACCAUAUAACUGUUACAACUGAUGAAUUUGCCUCAUCAAUUAUCUAUCACUUGUCUAGUCAUCUAAAUUCUUCCUUGUCAUUUUUUUGGGGGUGGGGGUGGGUUGGAGGUACAAGGGAUUGGACCUAGCAGGACUGAGCCACAUCCCCAAUCCUUUUUUAUUGUUUAUUUUUAAGCAGAGUCUCACUGAGUUGCUUAGGGCAUCACUAAGUUGCUGAAGCUGGCUUUGAACUUGUGAUGCUCCUGCCUCAGCCUCCCAAGCUGCUGGGAUUACAGGAGUGCACCACCAUGCCCAGCCCUCCUUGUCUUGGCUAUUUUAAUAAGCGUGUAGUAGUCAUUUGUACUUUUAGUGUGGAACAGACAACAAGAUUGGCUCUGAUUAUUCUGAGUAACUGACUUGCUAUUUAUGCUUGAAUUUUAUUAGUUGGGGCUGUUAAUAAUUUUAUCAGGUCAGACAGGUUUAAAUGAUAGGGUUGUUAAUAGGUUUGAGUGAUGCUUCUAAGAUGCAGACCCAAAAUCUGGAUUUAGCAAAAUUAAGAAUGCAGCCAUCACAGGUAAGUGUCUAAUCCUCAGAUCUCUUAAAACAAUAAUGGAAUUCAAUCCUUCGGGAAAAUUCUCUUGUUAGUGAAUUUCUGUUCUCUUUCACCUUGGUCAGUAGGCCUUGGGCUAAAAGGAAGAUCCUUAACAUUUGAUGCAUACCUGACACUUAAGAUAAUCCCUAUAACAUUAUUUAAUUCUCACAAUUUCCCUAUGUUUUGUAUAAUCACUAUUUAUGAUUCAUCAAACAUUUAAGUUGGGAUUUUUUCCACCUCUUAGUCAUUAUGUGUGCUUUCCCUUCCACCUUAAAUAGUCUUAAUUUCUCCUUUUUUGCCUGGUGAAUCUCCUUCAGAACUCAUCUCUGAUGUUACUACUCUUAAGGAAGCCUUCCCAAUCCCCUAGGUUUGCUUCCCUAUUAUAAUCUCAUUUCGUGUGUUAUGUGUCAUUUUCUGUGUUAUUUGUGUCAAGUAUCAUUUCUUACUACAUAUAGGUGCUCAGUAAAUAAUCACUGUAUGAUUAUGUCCAGUAAGUACUAUAAUCAGAAGUUGAAUGUUGAUCUCUUCAAAAACUUUCUUUAAAUUACAAUAUACACAAAACCUAACAGGAAGUAUUUCUUAAUGAAAUUACCCAAGAGACUCUUCCUCAACUUGAUCUCAGAUCUAAAUUGGCUAUCUAACAAUAAAAGUUAUUCAUUACUCUAUGUAUACUGGCUAGGGUGUGAUUCUGAGCUAAGGAACUGAAAGUCUUCAACAAGACUCCCCAGUUCCAUUUGCUAGGCAAAUGCUCUACCACUGAACUACAGUUCAGCCCUUCUCUUAAGAGAAGUCCCACCUUUCUGAUCAGCUAUUUCUAAAGAAAGCAGGUGGAAAAAAGUUUCCAGAACUACAAAUUCAGUUAGGAAACUACAAGCUGUGGACACAUCUGCUGGUUUACCAGUAUUUCUAACUUCCUGUUGAGCUGAAAACUGCUUGUUUUGUGGAAGAGCAAAAUUUAAUAGCAAACAUCUAAAAUGAAGAGUCCCAAAACUUUUGAGGAACAAACAGAAUGCAUCGUGAACACUCUACUCACAAACUUCCUGAGCCCAACAUUGCAUGUUGCCAACCGGGACCUGGGCUCCAUAGACAAACCUGACUCAGGAGAGGCUUGCAGCUUUGAUGUGGCUAUCAUUGCUGGUCGCCUUCAGAUGUUGGGUGACCAAUUCAAUGGAGAAUUGGAACCUUCUGCUAAAAACGUCAUUGCAAAAACCAUUCAGGGACAGGUAGGAGCUGUACUUCAAGACACAGUGCAGUUCCUCAGCAAGGCCUGGUGUGCUCAAGAUUCCAGCAUAGUUUAUGAGAGAGCCUUUCUGGCAGUGUCAGUGAAACUUUUUGAAUAUGUGGCCCAUGUGGCUCCUGAAGUGGUGAGACAGAUGGCUGUGCCCAUGACGAGUAUGAUCAAUGGGAACCAAGCCAUCCGAGAGUUCAUUCAAGGCCAGGGGGGAUGGGAAAAUCUGGAGAGCUGAAGAAGUGGAAUUAUUCCCCAGACCAACAUCACUUCCUCUUUGACUGAACAGGGACUGAUUUCUGGCAAUUAAAAUGGACAAAAAAAAAAAAAAAACUCGCUUCAUCUG